AUGAAUCCUACCCUCUGGCUGUUGUCGCUCUGGGCCUUCAUCGUGGGGUCGGACUUUGUAGUGGGGCUGGGAUUGAUGAAGGGGUCGGGAUUCAUGGUCAGGCCUGGCUUCAUGGUGAGGCCUAGCUUCAUGGUAGGGCUGAGCUUUAUGGUAAGACCGGGCUUUAUGGUAGCACUGAACUUCAUGGUAGGUCAGAGCCUAAUGGUGGCAGCCCAGCAGAUGGAGGCCCCAUUGGAGUAUCGUGGGCCUGAAGAACCACCUUUCAAGAGGGUGGAUCUUCACAAAAUGGAGAGUCGACGGCGAAAACUUCAGAAAUCAGGUAAGAAAUGAAAGUGUUUGAUGGGUGGCUUAAUCAAAUAUUGAGUUUGGUGCUACGGCUCAAACAUAGUAAGUAUAAGCGUACUCUUAGGAAGUUUAAUAGGUUUAGGUUUAAUAAGCUUUUUCAAGUAGGCUGCGGCUUAGUAGGCUGCGGCUUAGUAGGCUUAGGCUUAGUAGGCUUAGGCUUAGUAGGCUUAGGCUUAGUAGGCUUAGGCUUAGUAGGCUUAGGCUUAGUAGGCUUAGGCUUAGUAGGCUUAGGCUUAGUAGGCUUAGGCUUAGUAGGCUUAGGCUUAGUAGGCUUAGGCUUAGUAGGCUUAGGCUUAGGCUUAGUAGGCUUAGGCUUAGUAGGUUUAGGCUUAGUAGGCUUAGGGUUAGUAAGCUUAGGCUUAGGCUUAGUAGGCUUAGGCUUAGUAGACUUAGGCAUAGUAGGUUUAGGCUUAGUAGGCUUAGGGUUAGUAAGCUUAGGCUUAGGCUUAGUAGGCUUAGGCUUAGUAGACUUAGGCAUAGUAGGCUUAGACUUAGUAGGCUUAGGCUUAGGAGGCGUAUUUAUAUUAAUCUUAAGUUCAGUAAGUUUACGGUUAGGUUUUGUGGGUUUUACCUUCCUUCUAGCAUAUCCCUAUUUCUAGCCUUAGGCUUAACUUCUCUUCCCUAACACCUGAUAUUAUAGUAAACAAUAAAUUGUUUUAAGUUGAGUACAAAGAAAAUUACAACUAUAAGUACAGCUUAUACAUUAUAAUAUUGUAGCCAAAUUUCAGGAGAGUGGAAAGACUACAGAAGGCUGAAAAAGAAGCUAGAGAAGCAAUCAUACGUUAGUUUUGCUUCAAUUUCGGCUGACAGUGCUCAAGGGAAUUUUGUUCAUUCCGUCAAUAACUACGAUGAUGUGGAGUAUAUUGGCAAUGUAAGGCCAUUUAUUACACUUUUACUACCUGUAGCAUACAUAACAUACAAAAGCUACUUGUAGUAAUAGAUAAUAUACCAAAUACUACUUGUAGUACGCAAAAGAUUCCAAAAGCUACCUUUAGUAUACAUGACAUACCAAAAAUUUUUAAAAAUUAUAGAUAACAAUUGGCACUCCACCACAACAGUUCAGAGUAGUACUCGAUACUGGUUCUGCCAAUCUUUGGGUACCUGAUUUUAAUUGUGGCAGAACUCCAGUCAAUCCAUUGUGUCCUGAAGAAUGCACGGAGAAACCUCGUAAGUCGGUUUUCAUUAGAUAAUUUUAGAUAUAAAUUUGAAUUUGGGGUUUGGCGGAAAUCUUGGCAUUGUGCUUUACAAGUUUUUUAGGCUUACAUUAUAUUUAGUGACCAAAAUAAUCAUUUCCUUCAUAAGCCUGAGCGUACUUAGCCUAUUAAGCCUAGGUCUACUGAGUCUCAACCUACUAAGCCUAAAAUUAAGCCUAUGCUGAAGUCUAAGCUUUAGCCCAAGCCUAAGUCUAAGCCUAAGUCUAAUCUUAAAUCUAAGCCUAAUCCUAAGCUUAAGCAUAAGCCUAAGCUUAAGCAUAAGCUUAAUCUUAAAUCUAAGCCCAAUCCUAAGCUUAAGCAUAAGCCUAUGCUUAAGUCUAAUUCCAAGCCUACUCAGCUUAGGCCUACUAAUAAUUUUUAAAUUUAAAACUGUUUUUAAACAUGCCCUUUUAGGUCUAUGCCCAUACCUAUGUGAUGAAUCUUGUUGUACAACAUACUCAGCAACCGCCGCAACCACUACAGCAUCUCCUACUACAUUGAACAACAUUGGUGUGAAUCUACAAGGCGCGCUACCGUUGUUUCCGCUGUUUGACCGGAUCAAACGUUCCGCCGUUCCGAAUGCGUGUGACACCAAGAACAAGUUCAACAGCAGUGCGUCAUCCACGUACGUGGCGAGCAACACGUCAUUUGCGAUUUACUACGGUAGUGGAAGUAGUAGUGGGUUCUUUGGUGUGGAUACGGUUACGGUAAGCCUGCUCAGCCUAAGCCUCCUAAGCCUACUAAGCCUAAGCCUACUAAGUCUAAGCCUAAACCUACUAAGCCUAAUCCUAAGCCUACUAAGCCUAAGCCUACUAAGCCUAAGCCUACUAAGCCUAAGCCUACUAAGCCUAAGCCUACUAAGCCUAAGCCUACUAAGCCUAAGCCUACUAAGCCUAAGCCUACUAAGCCUAAGCCUACUAAGCCUAAGCCUACUAAGCCUAAGCCUAAGCUUACUAACCCUAAGCCUACUAAGCCUAAACCUACUAUGCCUAAGUCUACUAAGCCUAAGCCUACUAAGCCUAAGCCUAAGCUUACUAACCCUAAGCCUACUAAGCCUAAACCUACUAAGCCUAAGCCUACUAAGCCUAAGCCUAAGCCUACUAAGCGUAAGCCUACUAAGCCUAAGCCUACUAAGCCUAAGCCUAAUAAGCCUAAGCCUACUAAGGCUAAGCCAACUAAGCCUAAGCCUACUAAGCGUAAGCCUACUAAGCCUAAGCCUACUAAGCCUAAGCCUAAAAACUAAUUUUUAGUUCAUAAACGACAAUGGUUCGACUCUAGCAGUACCAAACACAACCUUUGGCCAAGCCACUCAUCUAGCCCAAGUCUUUGCCGAUCAACCAAUCGACGGAAUCCUGGGCCUAGCGUUCCAAUCCCUAGCCGUGAAUAACGCCGUGCCACCUUUGAUCAACGCCAUUAAUGAAGGACUGCUAAAUCAGUCCUUGUUUAGUGUUUGGCUAGCUGGAGAAAGCUCGAAUUCAUCGUCAGGGGGCGCUUUCACUUAUGGCAGUAUUGAUACUGAACAUUGUGAUAGCGAAGUGAAUUAUGUCAACUUGACUAGAGCUGCUUAUUGGCAGUUUAGAUUGGAUGAGGUUAGAAUUGGCAAUUUCAGUCGAAGCUAUGGGUGGGAGGUAAGCGGGGUUUAAUUUUUUUUUAAAUUAAAAAAAAUUUGUUUUCGAUUGAAAAAUUUUAAAAUUUGAAAAAAAUUGGUUUUCAGGCUGCCUAAACGUAUAAAUUAACAUUUUUUACCCCCCCCCCCCCCUCCCUUUUAAAAAAUUUUGGAAAAAAACUUGAACUUGGUCUUCCCUGUGGGUUUUUUUUUGAAAAUUUCAAAAAAUUUUUUUAUUUUUAAAUUUGAAAAAAAUGGAUUUUCAGGCCGUCUAAACGUAUAAAUUAAUAUUUUUUUGUUACCCCCCCCUCUUGAAAAAAGUUUAGAAAAAACUUGAACUUGGUUCUCCCUGCGGUUUUUUUUUCAAAGCUUUUUAAUUUUUAACUUUGAAAAAAAAUUUAAUUUUAGGCUGCUUAUAUGUCUAAAAUCAAAAUUUUUUUUCUUCAUUCUCUCCCCCCCCAUCAAAAAAUUUAAAAAAAACUUGAACUUGGUCUUCCCUGUGGGUUUUUUAGAAAAUUUUUAAAAUUUUCAAAUUUUUAUAACUUCUUUAGGCUAAGAGCACUAAAAUUAGCAUUGACAUUACAAAAAUGGAUAUGAUAAAACUAAAUUUUAAUGAAAUUUCACAAAAAGUAAAACCACUCUUGUUAUAGGUCAUUUCCGACACCGGCACCUCCUUCAUAGGUAUGCCUUCACGAGUCGCUGCCAAAAUAGCCAAACAAGCCAAUGCCACCUACUCCUCCGAGUACGAGGCUUAUUUAAUUGACUGUGAUGCCACUUUCCCGGACCUUAUUUUGAAAAUCAAUGGAAUCGACUAUCCUAUAGCCUAUAAUGAACUUAUAGUAGGCACAGGGCUUUGUGAGCUCGCCAUUUUCACAUAUGCGGCGGGAAAAGGGGCUACAACACCGAAAUGGAUACUUGGGGAUCCUUUUAUUCGAGAAUAUUGCCAAAUCUACGACUACGGUAACAAGCGAAUCGGGUUUGCCAAAGCCAUUGUUUAA